AUGUCCGCUGAUCACACUAGAGACCCUUGUCCCAUUGUCAUUUUGAGUGACUUUGGUGGUGCUUUUGCUAUGGGUGUCAUUGGUGGCUGCUUUUGGCAUGGUAUCAAAGGCUUCCGUAACUCACCUUACGGUGAGAGAAGAUACGGUGCCAUGAGCGCCAUCAAGGCCAGAGCGCCAGUUGUUGGAGGUAAUUUUGGUGUCUGGGGUGGUUUGUUUUCGACCUUUGACUGUUCUGUCAAGGCCAUUAGAAAGAGAGAGGAUGCAUGGAACGCCAUCAUUGCUGGUUUCUUCACUGGUGGUGCUUUGGCCAUUAGAGGAGGCUGGAAGCACACCAGAAACUCGGCCAUCACGUGUGCUUGUUUCUUAGGUAUUAUUGAAGGUGUGGGUAUGAUGUUCCAGAGAAUGCAAGCACAGCCCGCUAUUGGGCCAGCUUUCCCUGAGGAGCCAAUGAAGGCCUAG